AUGUCUGCUCUGAAGGAUUCCUCCUCAAGCAAGAUGAAUACUCACCCAAGUCUCCCAGCGAAAGCAAAAGCUGGUACCAAGCGUCCAGCUCCGUCUUUGCUGCCGGCCUUCGAACCGGUCGCGAUGUUCUCGAGUUCGUCGCCGGGAUUCCCUCGACCAUCCAAGAGACAGGCUCGAUCUCCAUCCUCAGAAGGCGAACACGUUUACGCCAAAUACCCUACGCCAAUCCCAACUUCCACAACUGGUAUCCUCUCCUCUUCACCUCCCCAAGUCCAGGCCGCACCUGGCUUGCAACGCACCCAGUCUGUGGUCUCUGAACGUGCUCCUCUGAGAGCUGUUACUUCAAUUAUGCUGCCCGAGAAUGGAGAAUACCUGCGCUUGGGUAGAUCGAGCAACUCGUCAGACUAUCAAUUGUCCGCCAAUCGAUUGAUCUCCCGAGUCCACGUCAAGGCUCGAUUCGUCGCUGCAACCGUUCCCCUGGAGCCCAACAAGGUGGAGAUAAAGUGCACGGGAUGGAACGGUCUAAAGAUACACUGCCGGGGUCAGACUUAUGAGCUGUCGAAGGGUGAUACGUUCUGCUCCGAGGCCGAGUUCACAGAUAUGAUGCUGGAUGUGCAGGAUAGUCGUGUAUUGCUUGCCUGGCCAGGAAGUGAUCGCACCAUUACCCUGGGAGCUCAGGCAGAUUCGUCAUCGGAUGAUGAUUCUGCUCGCACUCGCACUCGUGCUCCUGCUGUCAGUGCUCGUGGCCAGCUGAUUGACUCCAGCCCUUUGCGUGGUCGUCGUCAGCGUGUCCAAUCUCCAGUUUCCCCGACUCCCGCAGGCCCGGCCCGUCCCUCGGCAACUCGCCUAGCAGAUCUCUUUUCUUCGGAUCCAGUAGAGCCUGUGGUUAAAGUGUUCGAAGAUGCACCGUCUCCAGAAGAGCAAGCAGAAAUUGUGGGAGGAGAGUCUUUCGUGUCAACCCAGGCUGCUACCUCCUUCGCUGUCGAGAGUCAAUUGAGUGAUGAACUCAAUGACCCUGAAAAUGACCCUGACGAGGAGAACGACCCAGCCAUCCACUCCUUCGGUCCCCACGGUGCAGACAUCUCCGCACGUAUGGCAUCAUUCACCGCCGCUGGCUCUCCAGAACAAGCUCGCGGUCGUGGUGUAUCUUCCUCUUCCCCCAACGCUCGCUCCAGCUCCGAAUCCACCAACGAAGCCGAAGCUCUCCCAGUCGUCAACCACGUCGUCAACCAACUUGCCUUCUCCCGCCUCUCAUCCACGCCACUUUCAGUCAUCUUGAACAACCUCCCAGCUGAUUUGAAAGGUGCCAGCUCCCCGCACUCCGAGAAUAGCGGCCUUAGCAAGAGUGACCUGCGCAAGAUGCUGAGCGCGACUGCUUGCAUCGGCGAGAUCCAGCGUGAGGGAAAGGAUGCCGCUGGCAAACCACUGGAGAGUGAGUACUACUACAUCCCCGACGAGGACAGUGAUGAGCAGAGACGGGCCGCUGUAGUUGAUGGGUUGAGAAAGCCUAGUCUGCGAAACUGCCGAAAGCAGCACAAGCAAUACUACUGGAAGAAACCCAAGACACCUUAG